ACUAACAGGAAACACAUCUGACACUCACUCUGGUGGCAUAGAUAUUUCUCUUCCAAAGAUAUUUUGAUAGAAACACAUAGCAAACUGAACAUGGACCCAAAAUGUCAUUCUAUUCUAAUCCUUCCUUCAUCCUGCUGACACCCAUGCUUCCAUUCCAAGAGGGUUAGACAAUAGUUUAACUUACUAAACAGUUAGUUUCAUUUCAAUUCUUUGUUCUUUCCUAUGAGAAUUUGAUUUUUUUUUAAAAAAACAAACCCUUUGUUCUUUUCAUGCAGGUUCUCUAUUUUCAAAAAUAUGGAAGGACCUUUGAUUUUACUGACUUAAUGUUGGAACCGUAUGGUUAUUGCUUGCUUAUUGACAGCGUCUUAUACAUGCUGCUGGCUUUCUAUUUUGAUAAGGUUGUGCCUGACAAAUAUGGGGUGCCUUAUCCUCCACUGUUUUUUCUGAAGAAGACCUAUUGGUGUAAACCAAAAAGCCCCUAUACUGGGAAUGUUCCUACAAGUGAAUGGAGUCAUGGGAGUAUCUUCAGUGAUAAUACUGAGCCUGUGCCCCCUGAAUUCGAUGGGAAGGAAGCCAUAAGACUAAAUAAUAUUAAAAAAAAUUAUAAAAUGAAAAGCACAGAAAAAGAAGCUUUGAAAGGAUUGUCCCUGGAUAUUUAUGAAGGUCAGAUCACUGCAAUACUUGGUCAUAGCACAUCUGGAAAAACUACAUUGCUAAACAUCCUCAGUGGACUUUCCAAACCAUCUGAUGGUUUUGCAUCCAUAUUCAAGUACAAUGUAUGUGAAAAGGAACAUAUGGAAAAGAUUUGGGAAAUAAGUGCUAUCUGUCCAGAAUGGAAUAUUCAAUUUGAAUUUUUAACAGUGAGAGAAAACUUAAAAACAUUUGCUAAAAUAAAGGGGAUACCAUCCAAUGCUGUAGAAAAAGAGGUUGAAAAAUUGUUGACACUCUUGGACAUCAAGGCCACUCAAAACACCCAAGCUAAUCAUUUAAGUGGUGGACAAAAACGAAAAUUAUCUCUUGGUAUUACACUUUUAGGAGAACCACAGGUAUUAUUACUAGAUGAGCCAACUUCUGGAUUGGAUCCAUAUUCUAGACACCAAGUGUGGUCUCUCCUGAAUGAACGCAAAGCAGGUCGAGUCAUUUUAUUCACCACCCAGUUCAUGGAUGAAGCUGAUAUCCUUUCUGACCGGAAAGCUAUUAUCUCACAUGGGAGGCUGCAGUGUGUUGGUUCAUCCCUGUUCUUGAAGAAAAAAUGGGGCAUUGGUUAUCAUUUAAGGAUGCAUACAAAUGAGUCUUGUAACUUUGAGAGAAUAACAUCACUGGUCAAACACCAUAUCCCUGCUGCAAAAAAAUCAGGACAACAUGAGAAUGAGCUGAGCUAUACUCUGCCUUUACAAAAUGUGGAUAAGUUUUCAGAUUUGUUCAGUGAUAUGGAUCAUCAGACAAACCUAGGGCUCAUUAAUUAUGGAGUUACCAUGACGACUUUGGAAGAUGUCUUCUUGAAGCUAGAAGGAAAUGAAAAUAUAAAGGAAGAAGAUUAUGGAAUUCUUCAUGGAGGGGAAGUGGCAGGAAAGGAUGAAACGGAACAGGAUCAUCUGUUGCUCUCAGACACGGGAAAGGUGACGGUGAAAGGCACAGAGCUCUGGAGGCAGCAAGUUUAUGCCAUUGCAAGAAUGCACUUUCUAAACCUCAAGAGGGAGAGCAAAAUCUGGGGAACCUUGCUACUACUUACUGGAGUUAUAUUAGCACCUUAUAUUAUCGAAUUUACAACCUACUCUGUUUGGUUGAAUCUUCAAUAUGAAGAGAUUCAUCCUGGGCUUUAUUUUGAGCCAGGGAAACAGUUUUUCGGAGGGACAUCAGGACUUCUGGUCAUUAAUAAUACAGGUGGAAAAAUCGAUAAUUUUAUCCAGGCACUGAAGAGUCAAAACAUCUUGAUGGACGUCAUCUCUGGUAACAUAGUCAGUGACCAGCUGGUUCACAACGGGGCCAUCAAAGUAAACCUUGAAAACAAGAAAUACAGGUUCACACUUAUGUGCCAUAUGGAGAUAACUAACUGCUAUCCUGUGCUUGUCAACAUAAUCAGCAAUGCAUUUCUGCAUAUGUUUAAUUCUACUGCCCAUCUUCGAACCUGGAAUCAUGUAUUUACCGAAGAACAUUUAGAUAAUCACCUCUGGAUGUUAAUGGAAACUUACAUGGUUGCGGCCUCAAUUGUAUUACCUGCUUUUCCACCACAAUUUGCAAUGCGAAGCAAUCAAGAUUACAUGAUAAGGACUCAUUCCCAGCUGCGGAUUGCUGGACUUUUUCCUUCUGCCUACUGGUGUGGACAAGCUCUGGUGGAUAUGCCCCUGAAUUGCAUUCUUCUUCUUUUAAUUCUUUGGCCAUGGUUUAUAAAUAUAGGAGCUACAAAUCCUCAGUUUGCACCCAGCUUGAUUUUCUGCUUGGUGGCAUUUUUCCUUGGCUACAGCAUAUCAACUGUUUUAUUCCUAUACAUAAUUGCCUUCGUAUUUCGCCAAAAAAAGCAUACUGCCAGUUUUUGGUCAGUCACUUCUAUUUUAGUUAUGCUGCUUUUGUUCAUAAUAAGUAUCACAACAAGUUCAAUUUCUAUGCCCUACAUAAGACACCUGUUGAGUUUUUUUGUUCCUAUGUUUCCAGUUACCAAUUUUAUAAUGUCUUCUACAUUUGUAAGUGCUAUAUUAUCUAUUCUGUUAGCUUAUUCUUAUGAAAACUGGAUCUGAGCAUAAACAUUUUUCCAUCCUCCCAGUUUGCAUAGGGAAUAAUUGAGUAAAAAAAGUUAUCUGAAUUUUUCCCAGGAAGCAGAACUUCAACAAUUUUUCAAGGGCGGGACUGCCUCUUUCCAGUAACACUCCAAAACUGUGGUGAUUUCACUAAAAUUCAUUUUUCCUUCAAAGUGAAUUCUAAUGGAAAUAGGUUUUUUUCCUGGGAGCCAUGUGUCAACCCCCCCCCCCCAUGGCUUCAGCCAAUAGACAGUCAGACAAAGCAAUGUUGUAAGCAUUAAAUGGUUGUCAACUUCAGCCACAAUCCCAUUUGCUUAAAUCUAUACACAGCAUGGGUUGGAAAGUCCAGAAGAAUGGGGCAAACAGAGAUGGGAGA